AAAAAAUUGACAAUUGACAGUUGACACUGACUGAAUUUGACAUGCCGGAGUUACAACUUAUUUCUAUUUUCUGUGAAAAUUGAAUUUCUCAAUUAAUUUUAAUAAUACUUGCUGAUUUGAACUUGGAAAUAUGAAGUUAUCAAACAAUGUGUAUUUGUUAUUGUCUUUUAUAGCAUUAAGUUUGUCUUACACUUUAGGGAUAGAGAUACCAGAAAAAUUCCAAAAGUCUAAUCAUACAAACAAUUGGGCGGUUUUAGUGGAUACUUCGAGGUUUUGGUUUAAUUACCGGCAUGUUGCGAAUGUGUUAUCAAUAUACAGGAGUGUGAAGAGACUCGGUAUUCCUGAUAGUCAGAUUAUUCUGAUGAUUUCUGACGAUAUGGCGUGUAACCCGAGGAAUCCACGCCCGGCGACCAUUUUCAACAAUGCCCAUGAGCAGAUCAAUGUGUACGGAGAUGAUGUAGAAGUGGACUAUAGAGGAUAUGAAGUGUCAGUAGAGAACUUUGUGCGUCUCCUAACUGGCCGUGUGCCACCUGACACGCCGAGAUCCAAACGUCUUCUCACUGAUGAGGGCAGUAACAUCCUGAUAUACCUGACUGGACAUGGAGGUGAUGGCUUCCUCAAGUUCCAGGAUUCUGAGGAGGUUACUAGCCAGGAGCUGGCCGAUGCCUUGGAACAAAUGUGGCAGAAGAAAAGAUACAAUGAAAUCUUCUUCAUAAUAGACACAUGCCAAGCUUCAUCUAUGUAUGAGAAAUUUUAUUCUCCAAAUAUAUUGGCAACUGCUAGUAGCCUCGUUGGAGAGGAUUCCCUUUCUCAUCAUGUUGAUUCUGCUAUUGGCGUCUAUAUCAUUGACAGGUACACCUACUAUGUGCUGGAGUUUUUGGAAAAUGUGCAUCCAAACAGCAAAAGGACAAUGUCAGAAUUUUUGGCUGUGUGUCCCAAAAGCGCUUGUUUAUCUACAGUAGGAGUUCGGCGAGACUUGUUCAAUCGGGACCCUAGUAAAGUGCCCAUUACGGAUUUCUUUGGGUCCGUCAGACCUGUUGUGAUUACCACAGACCCCAUCGACAUUCAGGAAAUACCAAAGAGGAAGAAGAAAAUUGAGAACAAAACCAAAGUGCAAGAGAAAAGGGAAUACCUGCCACAAUUUCCGAUGCAUCUAGUCCAAACUACAUGAAGUAUUAUUGAAUUAUAGAUUUUUUAAUAAAGUUGAAGUACACAAAGUU